CGCUCGCUGCACCACUUCGCGCAGCUCAUCCGCACCGUCGAGGACGAGCGCGAGCGCAUGGUGAGUGUCGUCCUGCGCAGGGCUGAGUGCGGCGAGCGGCAUGGAGCAGUUCGAGUUCGCGUGCAUCGGCGCCUCCACCACGGAGGACGAGCGAGUGAUCGGCCGCUCGCUGCACCACUUCGCGCAGCUCAUCCGCACCGUCGAGGACGAGCGCGAGCGCAUGCUGGGGCGCGCGCACGAGCAGAUCAUCCAGCCGCUGGAGCGCUUCCGCAAGGACCACAUCGGAGCCGUCAAGGAGGGCAAGAAGAAGUUCGACAAGAAGACGGCCAAGUUCUGCCAGAGCCAGGAGCGCACGCUGUCGCUGUCCAGCAAGAAGCCCGAGGCGGUGUUCCAGGAGGCCGACGCCGCCAUGGACAUGGCGGAGCGCGACUUCUGCCAGGCGUCGCUGGAGUACGUGUUCCAGCUGCAGGCCGUGCAGGAGCGCAAGAAGUUCGAGCUGGUGGAGACGCUGCUGGGCUUCGUGUUCGGCUGGUGGACCUUCCACCACACGGCGCACGACGUGCACGCCGACGCCGAGCCGCUGGUGCGCGACCUGCAGCUGCGCAUCCAGCGGACGCGGAGCAACUUCGAGGAGACCAGCAAGCAGACGGAGUCGCUCAUGAAGAAGAUGAUGGAGGUGAGACAGACGGUGAGCAGCUCGUCCCUGUGUGCGUGUGCGCGUGUGCCGACCGAGUCUGACGCGUGUGUGUGUGUGCAGAACAAGGAGGUGGAGGCGGCGGAGGAGGGCGGCGGCGGCGUGGCGCGCGCGGGCUACCUGUUCCUCAUGGAGAAGAAGGCGUUUGGCACCACGUGGAGCAAGCACUACUGCACGUACGAGGCGCCGGCGCGCGCGCUCACGCUGCUGCCCUACAGCCAGCUCACCGUGCGCGCCGGCGCCGCCGAGCGCGUGCCGCUGGCCGGCGCGCGCGCCGCGCCCGACGCCGAGCGCCGCUUCUGCUGGGAGGCGGCGCCGGCCGAGCGCGAGCGCGCGCCGCUCACGCUGCAGGCGCUGGGCGAGCGCGACCGCGCGCUCUGGCUGCGCGCCGCCGACGCGCUGGCGCCGCCCGCGCGCGCGCCGCCGCCCGCCGCGCCCGACCUGUGGCCGCUGGACGACGCGGGCUUCGCCUUCGUGCGCCGCCUGGCGGGCGAGCUGGAGGCGCGCGGGCUGGACGAGCAGGGCCUGUACCGCGUGGCGGGCGUGGCCAGCAAGGUGGCGCGGCUGGUGGCGCUGGGCCGCGCGCGCCGCCUGCCCGCGCUGGCGCCCGCCGAGUGGGAGAGCAAGACGCUGGCGUCGGCGCUGAAGGCGUACCUGCGCGCGCUGCCCGAGCCGCUGCUGACGCGCGCGCUGCACGGCGCGUGGCUGGCGGCGGCGCGCGGCGAGCGGGCGGCGCGCGCGCGGGCGCUGCACGCGCUGGUGCGCGCGCUGCCGCCGCGGCCGCGCGACAUGCUGCGGCUGCUGCUGGCGCACCUGGCGCGCGUGGCGCGGCGCGCGGACCGCAACCUCAUGACGGCCGCCAACCUGGCCGUGUGCUUCGGGCCCACGCUGCUGCGCGCCGAGCGCGAGACCGUGGCCUCCAUCCUCGAGCUCAAGUUCUACAACGUGGUGGUGGAGUCGCUGCUCGACAACUUCCCCGCCGUGUUCGCCGCCGAGCCGCCGCCCGCCGAGCCGCCGGACGCGCCGCCCGCCCCGCCCGCCGCCCCGCCCGCCGCGCACAACGGCGGCCCGAGUGCGAGCGCGACGAGCGCGGCGUGCGCGGCGUACGCGGCGCCGCACGCGCAGCUGCUGGCGCAGUUGGCGCGCGGCGCCAGCAGCUCGGCGUCCAGCGCCAGCGCGUCGCCGCCGCCGCCGCCGCCGGCCGCGCGCGUGCGCACGCUCUACGCCUGCGUGGGCGAGAGCGAGGGCGAGCUGUCGUUCGAGCCCAACCAGAUCAUCACCGACGUGAGCGCGUCGGGCGAGCCGGGCUGGCUGCGCGGCUCGCUGGACGGCCGCAGCGGGCUGGUGCCCAUGAACUACGUGGAGCCGCUGCCGUGACUGUUGACUAGUUGUAUACGUGUACAUUGUAAAUACAGAGUUGUUGACUAUUUUAACUAUUUAUGCUACGUUAUAUUAAUGUUGUGAAUUUUGUACCAAAUAUACUUUAGUGUAUGUGGAUUUGUAUUAUAGAUUAUAAAACUAUACUAAUUG